AUGUCCAAGUAUAUUUUCCUCUCAUAUUCCAGGCUGCAAACUGGAAAUGGAUCCAUUAUUUUCCCAUAUUUUUUCUCCAGUUUCUCUCCACCCCCCACCUUUCCCUCCAUACUUCUUAUUUAUUUUUUUCAUUCCCCAAUUCCCUUCGCUAAUCUUUUUCCUCCAAUAAAAAAUUUUCUUCCAAUUUCAAUCCAACUUUCUUUCAUUUUUCUUUUUUCUCCACUUCCAAUUUAUACUCUAGUUGACACUUUGUCUUCCUUUAAACUGUUCACUUCCCCACGGGAUUCCUCUUCCUUUAUCCUCUCCUUCUAUUUCAUUCAGUUAACUCAUUUUCUUCUUUUUCUUUCUUCAUCAACAUAUUCUUACUGCAUUUUAUAUUACCCAUCUCUAUCUAUUUUAUUUCUUUUUCUCUUUAUUUCCAUUUUAUAUCUUAUUCUUUAUCCUCCCUCGGCCUCUUCAUAUUUAUUCUAUACACGUUUUUCUUUCUUGUUUUCUCUAUUUCUAACUACUUCUCUUUCCUUCUUUUUGUCCUUCAUAUUAUUUAACCCUUUUCUUUUCUUCAUCUUUUUUUUUAUUCCUUCUCUCUCUAGUCCAUACCCUUUUCUUUUCUUAAUUCUUAUUCACUCACUUCAUGUUAUGAAUUCUUCACAUCCACCCAUGGGUCAUUUCUUUAUCUUCUUUAUUUUACUCCCCACACUGUUUCUCCUUCUUUUAUACAUCCUCUUCUCCAUAUAUUUGUUAAUUUCUUCUCUGCUAAACUACAUACAUAUGCACUGCCACCUACAUCAACAACCACCAGCUACUUCUCUUUUUUCCCCUGUAAUGAAAUUCACCAUUUUUUUUUUUUUUCACUUCUUGACAUUUUUUUCCUUCUUUUUGUUUAAUUUUUUUGCUUCUCUCCUCUGGUCAUUUCUCACCCUCAACUCUUUCCACCGCCCUCACUAUCUAUCAGCCAAUGAAAAGAUGACACUCUCAUGCUACUUUUUCUUCCCCUGCACAUUCCCUCCCUUUAAUUGUGCUACCGGGCUGCAGUCCUACAUUACCCAGGCCUGGCUCCAUACAUGGCUAGAUAAUUUCAAGAAUUUCUCUCAUGUGUUCUGGUCGCCAAUUCUCCCUCUAUUUUUCUUUGUCUCUCUUUCUUUCCCUUUCUGUCCCCCCCAAUGA